AUGCCUUUACUCAAGCGGAAAGCUUUACAGAAAAACACGGAAUCGGAACAUCUAAAGGACAGCGAUGAAGUGUUUGUGUGCGAAACAACGGGUGAACUGUUUAGCAACUACGAUGAUUUCUUCAUGCGCACCAUGCUGCUAUCCUCCACCGUGUGGAGCUGUGUAAUGACUGGCCGUACCAAUUUGACGUACGCGGAUGCACUGGAGAGUGAAAAAACGGCCAAACGUACGCUGAAGAGCUUCCCCGCCGCACUGAAAGGUCCAAUCCUGCUGAUCGCUUCACGCACCAAACGUACGGCCAUACACGACCUUGCCAGCGAUGUUCACGGGUACGCGAAAGAUGUAUUCUUUAAGGGUGAAACUGUGUGCACCAAAACGGGCGACCCGGAAGUGAUACGCAAGGCCAAGAUAGUGCGGGUAGUAAUCAGCGAUCCGGCAGGUGAUGAAAUUCCGUCCCGAUUGGUUUACCACGUCGAGAGCGUUGAUGGGGAGAGUCCGUCGAACUAUUCCGUCCGUGGUGAAGCUAUCAUGCGGGAACGGAACUGUUUGUCACGGGAAAAGUGUAAACUUUUCCUAAAACAACACGUCGAACUGGGAGCUAAUCAGAUGUUGUGCGUGAAGAAAAAAUCGCUAGAACAGUUCGUUACAUCGAAAGGCUGCACCGACGAAAAGGUGUUUUAUGGACAAAAUCCAGACUUUCAAGUUUCCAAAAAACUGCAGCUACAAGAUAAACGACGCGAUGAAGCUCAAAAACCGCCCAAAAGUUCCAAGAAAGCGGCACAAAAACAAGCUAAACAGACGGACAAGGAAAACAAAAAGCAGUCCACCAUUGACAAGUAUUUGAAACAAGCGGCCGAUGGAUCCGUUGGGGUACAAAAGGUGUCUAAAGCACAGGAAAGCAAGCAGGCACGUCGGGAGGAGCAUGCGGUGCAGAAAGAGUUGGCUAAAAAACGUAUGAAACUAGAAAGGACGCUACUACAGCCACAGGUUGCACUUGCGCAGAAAGUGUACAGCUCAGUAAGAGAAGAUCUGGAACUGACCGACCAGCGCGUUUUUCCACCGGCACGGGACGUGCGUACAUUAAUAGGCGAGGAACAUUUCCCAGACUUUCUCUUCAUUCUGGAGUUUAUGAAUACGUUUGGCGACAUACUGGGAAUUGAAACAAAAUUCCCAAACGGUAUAUCGAUGGAACAGCUCGAGCGAGCGUUAUUGCAGCGGGACCCCAAUGGACCACUCUGUGAUAUACUGCAAAUUUUUCUAAGUGCUUCCUUCGGUACAUCGGAAGCAUCGGAAGAAUCGCCAAGGGAUCCAGCGAUGAAGAAAUUGCGAAAAUGGUGCCAAAAUCGCUUGGCAUUAAACAUUCAUGAAUUGCCGUUGGAUUGGACGACCGUGUCCGAAAUAUUGCGACUACAGCUUGUUGCUCAGAACCAUCUGUCCUCGUUGGGAGAUGCUAGUUUCAUGCUAAACCGCGACCAUCCGCACAUACUGCGUACUUUAACGACACAAACCGUUUUCCAGCUAUCGACCAAGGACGUAAUGCUAAUAAUUUGUGCUCUCAUCCACCAUCUGUUAAUGACUGAAGAGGUACUAGGUCGGGUGGAAGAGAUAGGGGAAGCUGCAGCCAAGUUCAAGAACAAUCACUUGGACCAGCGACGUUUGGUACAAAAGCAAGCGUCCCAAAAACAUUUGGCAUAUGAUAAUUUUAAGAAAGAGUUAGCAUCAAAGGAUGGACAGCUAGUGGGCGCUGAGUUAGAGGAUUUUAAAAAUCAGUUGGAGCAAAAGUUGAAAACCAAUUUGAAGGAGAUUGAAAACGAAGCCAGCACAAAGCUGAAGGAGCUACAGGAUCAAGUGGAAGCCUUUAAACUGAGCAAUUGCUUUUACCAAGUGUACCUUGGAUCGGACCGAGCGUUCCGCCACUAUUGGCAGUUUCAAUCGCUGCCAGGAUUGUUCGUCGAACAUGACACCAAGCUCACUGGACGUUGUAUGGAGCUGGUGACGAAGCACAUUCCCGGCUUGGUACGGUGUGAACCUAAAAUGCGUAAGAAAUUCAUCAGCUUUUCCAUUCUCAAAUGUGCUGGGAAUAGUGACGGGUUGAUCGAUAUUGAUGCCGAUGGCAAUCUGAAGUGUGAGGAGGAUGUUUACGAGAAGCUGCUGUAUCGCGGUAGUUCUUUGUUAGCGCAAAGUAAAACUAAUCCAUUAUUACUGGAAGCAGCAAAUGGGUCCGUAAAGGCGGAUAGUGAAAGCGCUGGUAUGAAAACGAUCGAAAUUGGUAGUCUCGACAAAUGUCCAACUAACCGUGAGCUACUGAUGUGUACUGGGGACGAAAAGAGCUGUCCUGUCCAUACCUCCAUAAAUGGGACCGCCUCCUGGAAGUACUAUGCAACGGCAGAAGAGUUGGAUGCACUCAUCAGCAGCCUCAAUCCGUGGGGAGUUCGUGAAAAAUCGCUACGAGAAACGCUUGAAUUGUACCGUGAUUUUAUCGCAUCCCAUAUAGAAAAGUGUCCGAUUGGGAAACUUUCUGUCCAAGAAAACGAUCCAUCAGUUGGGCCACACAAUUCCGACAAGAUCCAGUACAAUGAAACAUUAGAGACAAUGCUCCGUGAAUAUUUGGUAGAUCUGGAGGUAAGGAUCAGUGAAGGAUGUUUGGGUGAGCUGAAGGUAAACGAUGUUGAAAAAUGGCGUAACGCGAUUCUGAAUAACUCUUACGAUUCCCAAAUCACCGAACCGCUAAUGUGGGGCCAGCAACGGAUUCGAAACGAGAUGUACGAUUAUGUGAAAAAAAAGAACCAAGAAUCAUCCAGUGAGGCAUCAGACGAGGAAGAUACCGAUUUCUUAGAAUCGUCAACCGGUGCUAAUGGACCGACACAAGGAGAUGAACAUCAAGAUAAGGUUCGCUCGUUAGCUUCCGCGUUAGUGCAAAUCGCGCAAAGUAUUAACCCGAAGUUUUUAAGGUACCCGUUUGGCCCGAAAGGAGUUUGCAGGGAUCGAAACGCGAUCAUUCACUUUCAAAGCUAUGGUCAGAAAAGAUUGCAUCGCUGGGAAGUGUCAGUAAUGCGUUCGAAUUCCAUUUCACAACUAUUUUUGCACUACCACAUACUGUACGAUGCCAUUCGGUGGUCCCGAUCAAUCUUGCGCGUUGUCUGUAUGGUUUGCAGGCUGAAAGGUGACGCUAGUUUGACGCUUUUGUGCGACGAGUGUAACCGUGCCUGCCACAUGUACUGUCUCAAGCCGAAGUUGAAGCAAAUACCGGAGGGUGAUUGGUUUUGUGCAAUGUGCAGACCGGAGGAUCAUGCACCGAAACCGAGCACAGGGGUACGAAAGCGCGUUCAGCUCAAGAAUUACACUGAAUCGGACGAGGAAAGCGAGGAUGAUUCGAUGCAGAAGAACUCUGAUGAUGAAGAUGGAAGUAAUGAUUAUGUAUCGGAAGCGGAAAUGGAAUCAGAACACGAUAAGACGUCUAGUGACGAAGAGGAGAAUGAUGAAGAUGUGGAAGAUGAGGAGGAGGAAGAAACUGUAAAACCGAAAAUUGUAUUUAACAAAAAGGUAAAGAAGGUUAACGCCACGCUCAGCACCAAACAGCCAGGUCGUAAACGGACGGCUAAUGUAAAAAGUCCAGAAACGCAACGAAAUCCACCGAAGCGAUCCCGGCAGCAAGAUGAAUCAUCCAGCCAGAAAGAAAAAUCUUCGGAUAAUACUAACCGCCCAAGUGCAAGCGCUGGUCGCCGAUCGAUGAGACUUUCGGGUCGCUGCUGA